AUGGAGAAGCUCCCAGGUUGGAGUGGACAAGCAGAGGAGAUCUUUGCUGCCUUCCGCUUCGGCAGGCCUGAAGAGGAGCAAAUGAGCUUCACCGAGUUCAUCAUGGUACUCAUUUGCUGUGCACGAGGCACCGCGGCGCAGAAGGCCACGGCGCUCUUCGAGCUCUUCGCCGAUGCGCCUAGGCCCUUACCCGAGCUUCCUCACAGGAUCCCCAUCAGCCGUGCAGCUCAAGGUCUGGCCGAGCCACAAGAUGAAGAGGCAGUGGCCGCAGCGGGUCCGGCCUGUGUGACACUGCCGCCCUCCAAGAGCCCUGCAGUGCUGGAGAUCGAGGUUUGGGCCAACGACUAUGGCCUUUUGGCGGGCUACGUCUGCGUGCGCUCGCUUUGGCCCUUCACCAGCCUGAAGUGCCUGGACAACGAGGAGCUCCGACGGCGAGGCCUGCCCUUUGUGGUUUGGAGCUCCCGUGACCCUGCGGCCGCGUGCCGCGUGGGCGAGCUGCACUUGGGCAUUUCUUGGGCUCCCAGGAAUCAGCAGAAGCCACAAGUGGGCACUCUUUCACUUUGUGUGAACCGCUUGAGGCUCUUCGACCAAGCUGCCGAGAUGGAAGCGCUGGAGCUUCCAAGGCCUUCCCUCAAGGCAUUCGCUCUUGACCAGGAUGGACAGAGGCGCCCCAUUGUGCGGCAGGGCCAGCGUGGCUUCGCGCAGAUGGAUGGAUUGCUGCGCGCCUGGGCGUAUCAGCCCUUCCAGAGCCUCUCCUGGAUCUCCAAGGAUGCCCAGCUGAAUCCAGACAACUCUUGGACCUGGGGUCGGGACCUGCUCCACUCCACGAACGACUUGCGCAUGGCCGUGCCCGCGUUGCCACGCUGCCGGGAGGUGAUCAGCCUCCAGCGGUGUCGUCAAGUAGCCGAAGUGCUGGUGAGGCGCAGUAGUUUGUAUUUGACGGCCUGGCAAGUCGUGCAACUGGCCGAUCGCUGCUUCCACCGCGCUGGACAUUCGUUUGCCCUCCUCGAUGCCUUGCUUUUGCCGGGCUUGGAGGUGCCCCCGCAGCAGCCCGGCUGGCGGCGCUACUGCGACGAGUCCGGCCGGCAGUAUUUGGACGUCACCCCUCAGCUCUCCAUGGUCCUCGAGCGGCAGCUCUCCGAUGGUGGCCGUCGCUUGCGGCUCCAAGGGCUGGAGACGUUGCAGCUCACGGACCCCUUCCCGGACCUUUCGAAGAUCCUUUGGCUCCGCUUCCUGCGUGAUGGGGAAGAAUCCUCCUGCGCCAUACGCUUGGAGAACGGCCUGGGUCCACUCACUGAGGUGGAGAUGGAUUCGGAUGCCACGCUUCAUGUGUUGACCAAAGAAGAGUUCAUCUCUUGCAUUUUAGCGCAUCCGGAACUCAGUGAACCUCUACGACGGCACUCCUAUCUCGCAUUGGACGCCUUGGGGGCCUUGACCUUGGACGUCAUGGUGGAGUGGACCGCGGCGCAGUACUUGCCGGUGCUCUUUGGAGAUGGCCAGGGUUUGGCCGUUGGAGGUCACUCGCGCUUCGAGGACGGCGCGGGCCACGAGAUCAAGGUCUUUGGGAGCGAUACGAUUUGGGACUUUCUGGAGAAGCUCAAGAGUGCUUGCCAGGUGUUCGGGGUUGAGACGCCAAGGCCGAGGCCUUGUCCAAGAAGUAUCAGGCUGUGGCUGGAUCAGGUCAACAUGAGGUCUAUGCCUUCGUCCCGCCCACCUCGAAUCCCAAGGACUCGUUGGAGGCAGUGGUGA